AAACAAACACUUUUCUACCUCGCACGUGCUUAUUUUCACUUCCCCUGUCCCUUUAAACUUCAUCUUCCAAACUCUCUCUCUCUCUUAGAGGCACAAACGCAGAGAUUUGAGAAAACAUGAAGCCAAGUUUUCACCCCGCUGCUCUACUCCUCUUCAUUCUCUUCCUUGUAUCCUCCUCCUACGGCUUAUCUGCUCGUUUAUCAACUACCCAAAAAGGGCUGAGUAUGAAGUCUCUUAAAGUGUCGGGGGAGAACUCUGUGUCGGCGUUAGAAGGCAGUGAGCCCAUAGCAAAGUUGAUGGGGAUGGAGGAUUGCAAUGGUGGAGAUGAAGAGUGCUUGGAGAGAAGGAUGACUAUGGAAGCUCACCUAGACUAUAUCUACACGCAGCACCAUAAGCACUGAAAUUGAGUAAGCUUGAGAGUGGAUCAACUUAAUAAGCUAAGCUGGCUACAGAUCUAUGAUAUAAUAAUUGCUUGCCAAAAGUGGCAUCAUCGUUGUUAUUAUAUAUAUGAACAGCUAUUUGGUGUUUCUCAUCUACGAUAUGAAGAUUAUAUUGGGUGAAAAACAGCUAGGCGAAAGCCUUUACGUGUGCCUUUCUAAGGUCCUGCGAAAUUGUUUCUAAGCUACUUUCUAGGAGUAAACUUAAUUAGGAGAGAAAAGCUUGUAAGAGAGAGAUUAA